AACUGGGAGACGCAAACCGAAUCACAGGGCAUUAGGAGGAAGGGCACAGGCAGAAAGUCAGUGAAGAGAAACUUCUUCAGAUAUGAGCUGUAUUCUCCAAACAGCUUAUUAGUCACUUUCCCAAUAACUUUAUUUUACUUAAGUAUUUAAGCAGGUUUUUUGUAAGUUAACUUUGAUAAUGAAACUAAGUGUGGGGAUAUUUUUUGGAGGCUUCUUUGCAGCUCUGGGGGUUUUGCUUUUUUUGGUGGCAUUUGGAACUGAUUAUUGGCUUCUUGCUACAGAAAUAGGAACAUGUUCAAAAGCACCUGAAGAUGUUGGGGGAGAGAAGGCCACUUUCCAUCAUGAAGGUUUCUUCUGGAGGUGCUGGUUUAGUGGAAAUGUAGGAGAGAAUAAUGCCAGCAUGUGGAAUUUCUGGUAUACUAACCAGUCACCUUCUAAGAAUUGUACACAUGCUUACCUGUCACCAUUUCCUCUUAUCCGAGACGAACACAACUCAACUGCCUAUGACUCUGCAAUCAUUUAUCGAGGUUUCUGGACAGUUCUCAUGCUCCUGGGAGUAGUCACUAUUGUGAUGGCUAGUUUCUUCAUCAUCUGCGCAGCUCCUUUUGCCAGCCACAUUCUGUACAAAGCAGGAGGAGGCUUUUUUCUCAUUGCUGGUGUCUUUUUUUCGCUGGUAGUCAUGAUGUAUGUCAUCUGGGUCCAGGCGAUGGCUGAUCUGGAAAACUACACAAACAUGAAAAAGAUGGAUUGCCCAGACUUUGCUGUUUAUGUGCAUUAUGGCUGGUCUUUUAUGCUGGCUCCUAUAGGAGUAUUUUUUGCUUUACUGGCAGGGAUGCUGUUCUUGUUGGUAGGGCGUUCCAUUUAUUUACACUCAGACUAG